CCAUCCCUACAACUGACUCAGAUCGACUUGGUGGCUGACUUUUUCUACGAAAAUUUUGUUAAUACUACUACGUAAAUCAUUGGACUUAGCGUUACGCAAAACGAGACUAAAAAAGUGCGGGCGACUAUAUAUAUACAUAUACACAUAAACAAAGUGCAACGUGUGCAGCAGAAGCCGCAUAAGUAACACGCCCCAAUAGCAAAACAAAAGGUGGAGAGAGUAUACAAGAGAGAGGCGAGGAGAGGUCAGCAAACCCGCAAUUAAGAAAAAGUCGACACGUACAAGAGUUGAAACAGCAGCAGCAGCGGCCGCACCAACAAAAAUAGUAAACAUGUCAUCCGGCGAUUUUGGCAAUCCUUUGCGAAAAUUCAAAUUGGUGUUUCUCGGCGAGCAGAGUGUGGGGAAAACGUCGCUGAUUACACGGUUCAUGUAUGACAGUUUUGACAACACCUACCAGGCGACAAUUGGUAUUGAUUUUCUAUCUAAAACGAUGUACCUGGAGGAUCGGACUGUGCGACUGCAAUUAUGGGAUACGGCGGGUCAGGAGCGUUUUCGUUCGCUAAUUCCCUCCUAUAUACGCGACUCGACAGUCGCUGUGGUUGUCUACGAUAUCACGAACACAAACUCAUUCCAUCAGACCUCCAAGUGGAUCGAUGAUGUGCGCACGGAGCGUGGCAGUGAUGUCAUCAUCAUGUUGGUGGGCAACAAAACGGAUCUGUCUGACAAACGUCAAGUGUCCACCGAGGAGGGUGAGCGCAAGGCGAAAGAGCUAAAUGUGAUGUUCAUCGAGACCAGCGCCAAGGCCGGUUACAAUGUGAAACAAUUGUUUAGGCGCGUCGCGGCGGCGCUGCCCGGCAUGGACUCCACGGAGAACAAGCCAUCUGAGGAUAUGCAAGAGGUUGUGCUUAAAGAUUCGCCCAAUGAGACUAAGGAUCCCGAAGGUGGUUGUGCCUGCUAGAACUGGGCACUUACCCAAUUACCCCGCAGCUCCCUCCCAACCACAACCACCACCACUAGCCACUACCCGCACAACCUUCGCUACAACCUCAAAAAGAUUCACACAUUGACACACACGCUGGCGCGACGGGGUUGACACCAGGUGUAUGUGGGCAACAGGCUAAAGAUGAACAUGCAACAGAAAACAGAAACCAAGCUAAACAUGAGAUGCAGACAUACACACAAUUUUAUGUUUAAGUUUAUUUAUAAAAAAUAACUAAAAACAAGAGUAUAAAACAAAAUGAUAGCAAAACAUAAAUAGACUAAAAACUAAUUUAACGCAAUCGGCUAAUUAUGUACGUUAAAUGCAUUGCAUUGCAAUAUAUAAGUAUGCGCCAAAUCCUAAUCUCCAAGCUAAGAGUUAAGCUCUGCUCAGACGUACCCAACAACUGGGGAAAACUAAGAUACUUCCUGUUCCCAUUUAGAGCGCAAUGACAGUGGUCACUCGCAAAGCGAAAGGUUUCUCUUUUCAGAACAGUUGUGAAUUUGAUUUAAAGUAUAUAUCUUAUUUCUAAUAGUUCUCAUUUUCGAGUGUCCACUGUAUUAUCACCAUAUAAUAUAUGGCAUGAGCUAUAGAAAUAAAACAAAUCAUGUAUUAUCGAAAUAAUUUCUCUUUGGCAAAUCUACGCCAGACUAUGCCAAGCUCUAAGCAUUCCCUAGCCAAUCUGGCACGUGUGAGCUCAGCUUAACAAACUCUCCCAAAACUUGUACUUACAACAAAAGAAAAGAAACCAAACCUAGAGCACACGCAAGAACAUUCCACAUUGUGUACUGGUUGCCCCAUUUUCCCCCGACUACAGAUACCACUGAGCCAGCAUGUGUUCAAGCCCCCAGAGCAUAACCCAGAAAAUGAGAUCAUAUUAGGCACUGGCAGACCGAUGAGGUUCCAUUUAUAUGACUAAGCCCCGUUUUGUUUGCGGCUUUUGUUUGUUAUUUUAUUUUCGGUUGUAUUCUGUGGACGGCACGGCAGCUGCAGUUGGUUGGCGCAGAACUUGGCAUCUUAUGAGUAAAUAUAUAUAUAUAUAUAUAUGAAUUUAUAAAUAUAUAUAAUAUGUAUUUUUAUGGCAGUGUAAACAAUUAACAAUUUAAACAACAUUAACAAUUUUUUGCUUCGACUAGCGAGAGAACUUUGUGCAUUUUUUACGCAACAAGCAAAAGCUUACAAAAUUGAAAUACGAAACGCAAUUUUUAAUAAAUCAAAUUAUGAAACUAAACAUAAUAAGUAUUAGCAAUAAAUUAAAAACAGAAAAAAAAAA